AUGGCACACACAUCAAGUGUGGCGUUGACGGAUGAGGAGGUACUACGGCGCGUGCAGGUGCUCGGCGACGCCCUCGCCGAGGAGCAGCGCCAGACUAAGGUUGCAAUCGACUUACGGAAGCCGCUGCGUGACUGGCAUGUCCAGAUUCGGCUGCUGGAGGAGGUGGCGCGCCUGCUCGCCGAUGACAUCUCUGACCGCCUUGCCUUUGUGGGGUGGAUGUCUCUCUAUAUGAGGAAUUGCCUGCUGCACUCGAUGCAGAGCCGGCGCACACGAAUUGCGGUGGCAGCGGUGAACGUUCUUGAAUCUCUUGUGCAGCAUGGUGCCAAUCGCGCUGCUGUUGCCGUUGUGUGCUCUUGGUUUCUCCCCUGCCUCGUAAGACUCGCCGCGAACCCCUCUGCAGUGUCGGUGGUGUCCGCUGCGGCGAUGCAUGCAUUGCUCUCUGUGGCAGAGAAAUGCAUGCUCACCCUUGAGAGCUUUAGCGGCCUCUUGUGCGACUGCGGUGCCUCCAGCGCAGCCGUGCGCCGUUGUUCUGUCGAGGUUUUGCGCUCCUACCUGCAAGCGGUCAAGGGCACCUCAAUUCAACUGUCCAUCAACGCCUACACUAAGGCUAUCCAUCGCGUGAUCAGCGAUCGUAUGCGCGACGCCGACGCAGGGGUUCGGCAUGCGGCGCGGCGUUGUUUCUGGGCCCUGCACAUCUUGGAGCCAGCGUCGACAGGGGCUCUUCUUCGCCUAUUGCCCGCGGGCCUGCAGCGACAGCUGGCCGCCGAACGCGCAGAUGCGAUGCAGGAGCUCCAAGCAGUGGUGUCCUCACCGGUCCCACCUACGUCGUCUCUGUCGGCUCCGUGGUGUGGCAGCUCUGUGCAUCUGCAUCCACGCGGUACAGACGCCACGCCUGCAUCCCGCACCGUCACGUUAAAGGACGAUUUGCAAAGCGCAGUGGCAAGCCGUGCGCGCGUGUUAGCGGUGCGUGCCACGACUCCAAGAAAGGCACGUCAUCAGCUGCUGCGGUCGGCAAAACAGGCCGUGCUUCACCAAGAGGCGGACGCUGGUCGUCUACCAACGCCAUAUUUGUCGCCUCCCAGAGGAAGGACCGUGACCAUGAAUACCGUAUCACCGCGCUUGUACGCCGUAUCGCAUCGCUCAGGUGGUGGCACAUCCUUGCUCACAGCCAUGGAGAGCACCGACUGGGCAGUUCGGCGCGCUGCCGUGCUCCAAGGGCAGAGACUGUGCGAGAGCGGUACCUUGACGAGCGAGGACAUCGCACAUCUGCUAGAAGGACUGCUCAGUCGUCUGCGGGACAUUCAUUUCCGCGUUGUGGAGGGGGCACAAAAUUGUCUGCUCACAUUGGUGGCGCGAGCGCCAACAGCCACGCAGAACGAGUUUCGAAGUCUGCUUCCCUUUCUGGUAGGUGCACUCGUGCGCAACACGAGCCAUGCUCGGCCGGCCGUGUGCGUUGGUGCUCGUUAUUUGCUCGACCACAUUGUGCGCACCCAUGAGCCGCCACAGGAGGUUCUGAAAGCGGUGUUGCGUGCCGCGGACGACGUCGGCGGCGGUGGCGUCACCAUGAAUCAGCGCUACGCAGAGCUCCUCCAUUAUUUGAUGACGGUGCGUCCCUCUCUUUUCGCUGAGGUGUCAACGAUGGGCAUCGCUGUGCGGGGCGUACUUGCGCACUUGCACGCACUGGAAAUGCCGCAAUCAAAGGGGAACCAUCGCCCGGGAGAUCGGGCGGCACAGACAAGCUGGUGCAGUGCUCUCGGCGCAGUGCUGCUUGCGUGCCCUGGAUCGUUUCGGCAGAUAGCGGAGCGGCUCGCACCGUCGGAGCAGGAGGAAGUGCGCACGGCACUCCGCAAGGGCUUUGGAUUGAUGGACAGGCACUGGGAGGAGCAGCUCUCGGACAUCUUUGAAGGUGGUAAAAGGUGGUUGCGUUGCCCAUUUGCCGAGGAGCUGAUGGCCUGCAGAAUGACAAAGUGGGACGUCGCGGGGACUGGCAAGCUGCUAUCUGGUGCAGACGACCGAACGAUCAGGGACGGUGACGUGUCGGGCGUGACAUCGCUAAGGAGUAGCACAUUGCAGAAUGCCUCAACGCAACUGCGUGAGUUUCUUUCGUCCAACGGAGCAUGUCUUCUGUCAGCAGAGGCAGUGUCAGCUCUUCCAGAAGACGCAGGACCGGUAGUGCCAUCCCAACUGGCACAGCCGGCUAUUGCAACUCGUAUGCCGUGGACUGCGCGUGCUAGUGCCGAUGCGAGUGAGGGGUACGGCGAUGUUCCUGCACCUGUUCCGCAAUGCGCCUUACCCGCGGCAGAGCGUAGCAGGGACGCUGUUGCUUGCUUUCUCCGCAAGCGGCCUCAAUGCAGAGGCGCCGAGGAGCGCCGCCGCGCGUUGCUGUCAUUGGCGGAGGCGCUACGCGCUGACAGUGCCACGGCCGAGAGGGUAGCCAUUCUACAUCGCCUGAACUGUGUACCAGAGGAGGUGGUGCGGCUGCUAAUGCACUGGGAGCGGGAGUUAUCCGAUGUGGAAAGGGAGAUGCACCACAGUGUGCGAUGGGCUAUAUUGACGACCUUGCAGGCACUGCUGCAGUGGCCUGCUGCUAGUUCUUCAGUGGCACGACAGCUUACUCGCGUACUGGGCAUCUGCCGUGCUGGUCUCGACGACCCCUUUGUGGAGGUGCAGCUGCAGGCGACGUCCUGCCUCGACACCCUCCUCACCGCUUCCAAGCUGCCUGCCGAUCUCUGCCUCAACGCCAUCUCCAGUUGUGUAAUGCGAUGGUUAGAGGGCCCCAUGGGCGACGCUGCGACUUCAGGCUGGCUGGUCCUUGUCCACAUGAUCAUUCGAGUCGUGGAGCAGGCGCAGCUGACGCUAGCAGGGGAGAAGGAUACGAACGGAAUAAGCUCUGUAGGGCUUCCUGGCGAGCCAGGGUGUCCGCAGUCGGCCGCACUGACCGCUCCGGUACUACAUCGUGUUGUAGCCACCCUCAAACGUUGCCUCACCCACUGCCACGUUUCUGUAAGAUUGUGUGCUGUAUUGGUGCUUGUGGGGAUUCGGCGUUUAUUGGGGGACACUGUGACGCUACCAUUCCUGGCGCCGCUCUCUACUGUUCACAUGCGCCUUAUUGAUGUGUAUCUGGGAAAGGGGAUGGAGGAGUGUCCAUGA